AUGGCCGUGGCUGAAGGCGGCUGGUGCGUGGUGAAGCGGUGCGCUGCGGACGCCGGCGGCUCCUCCUGCCCCUUCACGGCCGGGGCGCCGGGCCCGGCCCCCCCGUCGCCGUCCUCCUCCUCCGGCUGCUCGCAGGGCGAGCGCGGCUCCUCCAAGACUCCUCUGCCGGAGCCCGACGGCGGCCGCCGGCCUCCCGCCGGCGCCGAGGGCAGGUCGCUGCUCGCCCCCUACGUGCACUUCGGAGCCCCCCACGCCUCCAGCCUGCCCAGCUGGGAGGACAUCCUGCUCUUCACGGAUUUGGACCAAACCAACAAGCUGAUCUGGUCCAGCCGCGGCGCCAAGCUGAGCGCCUUCGGCGCCGAGCAGCCCGAGGAGAUGUACCAGACCUUGGCCAUCUCGGCCGCCCAGGGCCCCACGCCCUACGACGGAUCUCCGGGCGGCUUCAUGCACUCCACGCCCAGCUCGCCCGUCUACGUGCCCACGACGCGCGUGGGCUCCAUGCUGCCCACGCUGCCCUACCUGCAGGGCAGCGGCGCGGCGCAGCCCAGCCACCCGGGCGGCGGCCACGCCGUCUGGUCCCAGCCGGCCGCCGAGAGCCCCUCGUACAGCGCCGCCGGCGGCUCCCACCCCUCGGGCCGCUUCCCCUACUCCCCCAGCCCGCCGGUGGCCAACGGCGCCUCCCGGGAGCCCGGCGGCUACAGCAACGCCCUGGGCGCCCGCGACCAGUACAGCCCGCUGGCGCGGCCGCUGAACGGAUCCUACCCGGGCCACUACACGUCCUACGUGGGGCCGCAGCUGGCCCCGGCCUGGCCCACGGCGCCCUUCGAGAACUCCAUGCUGCACUGCCUGCAGAGCCGCGCCGCGCCGCUCCCCGUGCGGGCGCCCAGCGCAGAGCUGCUGGAGGACCUGUCCGAGAGCCGGGAGUGCGUCAACUGCGGCUCCAUCCAGACCCCGCUGUGGAGGAGGGACGGCACCGGCAACUACCUGUGCAACGCCUGCGGGCUGUACACCAAAAUGAACGGCCUCAGCCGGCCCCUCAUCAAGCCCCAGAAGAGAGUGCCCUCGUCGCGGCGGCUCGGCUUGUCCUGUGCCAACUGCCACACCACCACCACCACGCUGUGGCGCAGGAACGCCGAGGGCGAGCCCGUCUGCAACGCCUGCGGCCUCUACAUGAAGCUGCACGGGGUUCCCCGACCCCUUGCUAUGAAAAAAGAAGGAAUUCAGACCAGGAAGCGAAAACCUAAGAACAUAAAUAAGUCAAAGGCAUGCUCUGGUAACAGUACUACUGCAGUUCCUAUGACUCCAACAUCCACGUCGUCUACUAACUCAGAUGACUGUAGCAAAAAUGCUUCUCCAAGCACACAAACUGCAGCCUCAGGGGCGAGCUCUUCAGUGAUGUCCGGCCCAGGAGAGAGCACCAGUCCCGAAAGCAGCAACCUUAAGUAUUCGGGUCAAGACGGGCUGUACACAGGAGUCAGCCUGACCUCCACAGCCGAAGUCACGGCAUCGGUGAGACAGGAUUCCUGGUGCGCCCUGGCUCUGGCGUGAUUUGGCGCGGACGAAGCUGGCCACCAGCAUGGCGCGGCGGCCUGCAGGUGCCCGCGCAUGGUGGCUCCGGCGGAGCGGCCCAGGCGGCAGCGAGCGUGCCGGCAAAGACCAUUCCCUUCACACCGUUUCCGUGCCUCGGCGGCAGAGGUGUUUUUUCACCCCCAAAAGAGGCUCUGCUGAAGCAUCCAGUUCCUCAUCUAUGCAAGAAAAAAAUAUAGGGAAAGCAAAUGCCCACCGGGGGAAAGCUAAUACAGCCAUAGACACUCAAAAAAAAAAAAAAAAAAAAAAAAAAAGAAGAAAAGAAAAAAAAAGAAAAAGGAAAAAAAAAGAGAAAAAGAAGAGAGAAACCUAGACCUGUUGAUAGAUUCCAGAAAUACAUCCUCAAUUUACCCAGCAGUGCUGCCUUUCUGAUUGUAUAUUUGUUUUCACUCUCUCACCACCUUCUCCUCCAAGCAUCUGACUGAAGCAGUCAGUGUUGGGGAGGGGGCAGCAGAGGCUUUAAUUAUUAGAGACAGUGAGAUGCAUUUGAAAGCGCGUCCGAGGUGCCUACUGCUUGAGCCAGCUCAGACGUCUCAAACCGAACGUUUGGUGCCUUCGCCCCACCGGUUCUCCCGCUGGGCGCCCUCCGUCUCCAGUGUGCCUGCGUGGCUCUGCGCUCCUGCGUCGGAGCCCAAAUAUGCCUUUUUGGAGGAAAUCACGAUGUUUGGUACAAGUCUCACAAGGUCGAGCUGGUUAAGGAGAUUUUUUUUGUUGUUGUUUAAAAUAUUUACUCACUUUGCAAGACUGCAUUAUAACUUUUAAAGUACACUGUGACUGAGAUUUAUGAAAGUUCAUAUUUUGUGGCUGAACUGUAUAGAGUCAGUCAAAAUUUGUAAACAGGGUAGCAAUCAGAUAUUUUUCUUCCAUAUAUACAAUAAUUUUUUUAAAGAAGUGCAAUUUGCGUUGCAGCAAUCAGUGUUAAAUCAUUUGCAUAAGAUUUAACAACAGUUUUUAUACGAAUGAAUGAAUGUAAACAUUUUAACUUAAUGGUACGUAAAUAAUUUAAAAGAAAAACUUAACUAGGCAUCCUUAGGCUUUUUAGCGCAACAAAAACCAUCCACUUUCUGUAUUUCCAGUUGUUAAAGCAAGAGUUUCAAAGAACAAGCCUUCUCUCAGGAAAAUUGCCCUAGCCAUGUGCUCCUAAGUUUUGUACUAAAAUGCAAAUGCAUCCCCAGGCUUUUUUAGCCAUUGAAUAUGUAUGUGCUGGAAAGAAACAAAUUGCAAUGAAACUUUACUACCUAACUGAUACAUAUGUAAAUACUCCAUAAGAUAUUUAGGCAUCUUUAAAAUUUAGGAUGCAAUCUGUAUAGUGUGACUGACGCAUAGUUAGGUUGGUUUCCAUUGUUUUUUUUUAAAUGGGAUGUCAUUUGGAAAGUUGUUGUUUCAUCAGAGCUUUACAAAUAAAAGGGUAUCAUUUUUUUUUCUGUA